AUGACUGAGAGAGUCAUUCUUUCUCAACAGGUUAUGAGCCCGGCUUACGCGCUUGCGUGUGCAUUACACUGGGCCGUCGCCCUGGCUACCGCGAAGGGUAUUAAGUCCGAAGAAAAAUGGACUAUCGUCCGGAGAAGCUGGGAGCGUCUCGAAGAUACCUUGGGCGAGUUAUACCCAAUUCCGACGCGCGAGUCGAAGAGAGCAAUGGUUGCUCUAUCCCUUUUCAACCAACCUUUUGACAACGAUUCGAAUACCUACCUACCGACGGUAACCAUCGAUUCUUCCGAAAACAACUCGAAUUGCCUGCCUAUCGAUAGUAACCUUUCGAGACCUUCUUUUUAA